AUGGAACCCAGUGAAAUGCCUGUUGUUCUGCGGUGCCCCUCAGACUCAGGCCCUCUGGAGGAGCCCCAAGUUCCCCAGGGCAUGGAGCUUGUACCAAGGAGAGCUGCAAGCCGGUCCCCAACCUGCGCCCGCUGCCGCAAUCAUGGGGUCACCGCCCACCUCAAGGGCCACAAACGCCUUUGCCUUUUCCAGGCAUGCGAGUGUCACAAGUGUGUCCUCAUCCUGGAGCGCCGAAGAGUCAUGGCCGCCCAGGUUGCCCUACGCAGACAACAGGAAGCACAACUGAAGAGGCACCUGGCUCAAGGUUUGAUGAGGCGAGGGGCAGGUCCCCCCAAAAUCCCCAGCCGAAUCAAGAAGGUAGCAGCUCAACCAGGAGUCCCCUCUGGAAAAGAGAAUAUAGAGCCCCUGCCUCAGGCCCCCAGUGGGCCAAUCCCACUGGCACUGACACCCCCUGGGAAGAACUCCCAGGGGCCUCUGUUGCUCAGCUGCCCCCCAGAAGCCUUGCCUUUGCCUUGGACUCCAGUGCUUCCAGGUCCUUGGCCUCCUGGACAAUGGCUGCCUCCUGGGCUUUCAGUGCCACCCCCAGUAGUGUGCCGUUUUCUGUGCCAAGAACCUGCAGUUCCUCUGCAUCCCUUUCCUGGAUUUGAUCCUGGCACCUCCCUCCGGCUGCCCACUCAUGGGACCUUCCCAACCUACCCAGGAUCUCGCCCCAUACUAUCGACUACUCUUUGUGGGGAGCCCCAAGGACCUCCUGUCCUGCCCCACACAUGCUCAACUCUGAUCCUCCAGCCUUGUGGCACCCCAGACCCUCUUCUGCUGCAGUCACAGACCACUGGAAGUUCUCGCUUGACCUGGACUUCUGCUCCCUCAGAGCGGCAGCUGCAGCGGGAGGCAGCUGAGGCUCUUGUGGGACUCAAAGAUUCUUCCCAGGCUCCCCGCCUGGCUCCUUCUGUUCCUCCCAACCCUGCCUGGAUCUCCCUCCUCCACCCAUGUGGUCCCCCAGCUCCUACUGGAGGAAGAGGAUUCCAGCCUGUUGGUCCCUCUCUUCGACCUAACCCAGCCCCUUCCAUGGCUCUGCAUAUAGGGCGUCUGGGUUCCAUCUCCCUCCUCACCUAG